CACAAGACAAAAUUAAAGUUCCUCUUCAGAUCUACAAUUGACUGCCCUGAAUACAACAUUGAAAAAGAUCAGGAGAAGGAGAGUCAUGGAUUACAACAGAAAAUAUGCAGCUGUCAUUCUGGCCACCUUGUGUGUGUGUUUAAAUGUUCUCCAUUCUUUUCCUGACAAAGAGUUUACAAUGCAGGGUUGCCCAGAAUGCAAGCUAAAGGAAAAUAAAUACUUCUCCAAGUUGGGUGCCCCCAUUUAUCAGUGCAUGGGCUGCUGCUUCUCCAGGGCAUACCCUACUCCAGCAAGGUCCAAGAAGACAAUGUUGGUUCCAAAGAAUAUCACCUCAGAGGCCACUUGCUGUGUGGCCAAAGCAUUUACCAAGGCCACAGUUAUGGGAAAUGCCAGAGUCGAAAACCACACGGAAUGCCACUGCAGCACUUGUUAUUAUCACAAAUCUUAAACAUUUUCCAAAGUGAUGACCACUGAUUUCAUGGGAUGGAAAUUUGAAUUGCUCAGUGUUUAUAGCCUUACAAGUUAAAAUUCUCCUUUUCCU